UUGAUCGGCUGCUCUUCAACACGAUAGAUUUGAUGCUGAUGUGGCUCAGAAUGGCUCCUGCUCUUCAUCUGAUCUUUCUGCUCAUCAUUCACAGGGUUUCUGCUGCUGGUUGGGGUGUGAAUUACAGUCCUUCACAAAUCUGUGCUCUACAGAACUCAUCAGUGACAAUCAGCUGCACUUUUACAUACCCGACUCCUGGAUAUCAGAUCAUGAAAGUGUUCUGGAACAAAGACCUUGUAAAAAAUGGAGGAGAGUUUGCAGAUCUGUCUGAGGACCCUGAAUACAGUCAGAGGCUUCAGUAUCUGGGAGAUAAAAAGCAGAACUGCACCAUCAGACUGAGUCAUGUGACCAAGAAUGAUGAACACGAGUAUUACUUCAGAAUCACUACUAAUGUAACUGGUGGGAGAAUUAUUGGUAUUCCAGGAGUGCAUCUUAAUGUCACAGAUCUUCAGCUGGAGUCUCCUGAGAGAGUGACAGAGGGAGAUUCAGUCCGUCUGACAUAUCCUCCAAAGAACGUCUCAGUGUCCAUCAAUGUAUCUGCUGUAGUAGUAAAGGGAGAUUCAGUGAGUUUGAUCUGCAGCAGCGACUCAAACCCUCCUGCUCUGAACUUCAGCUGGUUUAAAGGAGAAACAUCUGUAGGUUCUGGAAGAAUCUUCAACAUCUCCAAGAUCAGCUCUGAUGACAGUGGAGAAUACAAGUGUAGAGCCAGAAAUUACCUUGGAGAGAAAUACUCUGCUCCUGUGACUUUAGAUGUCCAGUGUGAGUUUAUGAACAUCCUCCAAGGAAUGUCUCAAUAUCCAUCAGAAGAUCUGCUCAGCGACUCAAACCCUCCUGCACUGAACUUCAGCUGGUUUAAAGGAGACACAUCUGUAGGAUCUGGAAGAAUCUUCAACAUCUCCAAGAUCAGCUCUGAUGACAGUGGAGAAUACAAGUGUAGAGCCAAAAAUGACCAUGGAGAGAAAUACUCUGAUCCUGUGACUUUAGAUGUCCAAUACGCACCCAGGAACAUCUCAGUGUCCAUCAGUGGAUCUGCUGUAAUAAUGUCUGGAGAUUCAGUAACUCUGAACUGCAGCAGCGACUCAAACCCUCUUGCAGAAAUCAACUGGUUUAAAGGAGAAACAUUUGUAGGAUCUGGAAGAAUCUUCAACAUCUCCAAGAUCAGCUCUGAUGACAGUGGAGAAUACAAGUGUAGAGCCAGAAAUGAACAUGGAGAGGAAUACUCUGAUCCUGUGACUUUAGAUGUCCAGUACCCACCAAGGAAUGUCUCAGUGUCCAUAAGUGGAUCUGCUGUAAUACUGUCUGGAGAUUCAGUGACUCUGAGCUGCAGCAGUGACUCAAACCCUCCUGCAGAAAUCAACUGGUUUAAAGGAGAAACAUCUGUAGGAUCUGGAAGAUUCUUCAACAUCUCCAAGAUCAGCUCUGAUGACAGUGGAGAAUACAAGUGUAGAGCCAGAAAUGCACAUGGAGAGAAAUACUCUGAUCCUGUGACUUUAGAUGUCCAGUAUCCACCCAGGAACAUCUCAGUGUCUGUCAGUGGGUCUCAUGUAGUAAUGUCUGGAGAUUCAGUAACUCUGAACUGCAGCAGUGACUCAAACCCUCCUGCAGAAAUCAGCUGGUUUAAAGGAGAAACACUUGUAGGAUCUGGAAGAAUCUUCAGCAUCUCCAAGAUCAGCUCUGAUGACAGUGGAGAAUACAAGUGUAGAGCCAGAAAUGACCAUGGAGAGAAAUACUCUGAUCCUGUGACUUUAGAUGUUCAGUGUGAGUUUAUGAUGGUUCAGCUAUUAAAACUGACAAAGGCAGUAUUUGAAUCAAUUUAA